ACACAGCUUACACAAAACUAGUUUUCCUACGAUAUGUGUGUAUAGCAGUAAUCAGUUCACCUGUAAUCUGCUUAUUCUUUUCGCUCAGCUCCUCGAUUUCAGUCAACUGCUGUCUACAAUGUAUAUCUUCCCUCUAGGAAAAAUAGAUACGACUCUGUUUUAUGGAAUUCUUCAAGUGAAUCAAUCAAUGUCUUAAAACGAUCUUUUGAGUUUUUCAGCAGCUCCAUUUGUUGAUCAGCCUACAAUAUUUGCGAAAGAAAAAGGGAAACCUUCGUAAUGUGUUCAUUUACAACGCUUUCGUUUGAAUCUGUUGCCAUAGGACACUGACGCAAGCUUUCUUCAACGAUCACUUGCAUCUGCCGAAGAAACCACAUAGUCAGCUCUUGGAGUUCCGAUAUGGGAUCAAUUGGAGCAGGAUUCUGCAUCGCUCAAUAUUCUAAAUGAAUAGAAAUGAGAGUAAGAACAAAAGAUGAGGAAAACGAUUAUUCUGAUAUUGUUGUCUGUUCGAAAUGAGUUAUCUAAUGUAGAUAAUACUUUUUCUGGAGUAGUGUGCUUUUUACUGCUUUUUGUAAAUGUGUUUUCCAAUACGGUAGAGAUACUGACAAGCGCGAAUUUUGAUGAAAAAGUGUUACAAUCCAGUUCUGGCAAGUGGUUUGUGAAAUUCUAUGCCCCUUGGUGUCCUCAUUGCAUGGAAUUAUCUCCUGUCUGGAAUCAGUUGGCCGAGAUUGUUCCGGAUUCGAUCCAUAUUGCUGAAAUUGACGGAUCGCAGAACCAAGAUGUUUUCAGCCGCUAUAAUCUUCAUUCGAUUCCGACUUUGCUUUUAUUUAUCAAUGUAUACUUUUUUCUACUCAUUUGAAUUAUUCAGGGGACCUAUAUCGAGUAUGACAAAGAUCGGGAUUUGUUCUCUUUGUAUUCCUUCGUCAGAUUCUCCCAAUUGAACGAGAAGGGAGUGAUUUCUCCAUACUACAGAUUAACAGUGAUUUCCAUAGUAAAA